UUUGUCUCUACUUCACAAGUAUCUCUCUCAUUAUGAUGGGUGCAGGUAGGAAAACACAACCUGUUGGUCCACCAUAUUCAGAGAUCAGUUUUCCAUUCUGUCGAAAUCUAAGGAAGAAUCAACUUGGUGGUGUCAUAUUUGGUUGCAAGAACAGUACAUUGAAAGAAUGCUUAUCUAAACAACUCUUUGGCUUACCAGCUCUGCAUUAUUUCUAUGUGAAGAACAUUGAACCUGGGUUGCCACUGUUUUUGUUCAACUAUAGUGAUAGGAAGAUUCAUGGUAUUUUUGAGGCAGCUAGCAAAGGACAAAUGUAUAUUGAUCACCAUGCUUGGUCUGUGGAUUGUUCAGAGAUAACACAAUAUCCUGCACAGGUGAAAGUUCGCGUCCGACUUCAGUGCCAGCCAUUGUCUGAAGAUAGAUUUGGACAAAUAAUCAAAGAAAACUACUUCAGUCGUAACCAUUUCUGGUUUGAGCUAGACCAUAUACAAGCAAACAAGCUGAACUCUCUACUAGUGUUUUCAGCAUUUGCACCUGCUACUCCUUCGCCGCAGAGUAUGAAGUGGAGGGCAGUACCUCAACCUCUUCCAUCACAUGAAACUCCUCCAAAGAAAGGUGAAUCAUUCGAAAUGCCUGAAUCGGAGGCAGAGCAUUUUACUGAUUCGAGUGGAACAAACUCCAUCGAGAUAACUUCUUCCUUAGAUGGAGAUGAUCAAUUGGAUACUCACAUAGCUGUGAAUGAGGUAAAAGAGGAUGAAAAAGACCUUGUACACAUGAAGCUAAAGGAAUUGUCUCUUGGCCGCGAAAUUCAAGACCUCUCUUCGCCGGACAAUCCAAAUGCAGCUCCCAAUAACAACCCAAAUGUCAAUGAGGAUGAGAAUAAUAAUCAGUUCUCUGUCAAAAAGAGUGAUCAAGAGGUUCCACCUGAAGUAGAGAAGAAUGAAGAGAGUUUAAGCCCUCCGCUUGAGUAUCAACAGUCGAUAGAGCAGAUGAAGCAAGAGUUUGAAGAGCUGGCAACUUUCAAGAAAAUGCAAACUCAGAAGAGUAGUUACCUUGAACGGAAGCUGAUUGAGGCGACAUUGGAAAUUCAGCAUUUAAAAGAUCGUUGUAUAAUGCUAGAAUCUGCAUGUAAUCUUCCUCUAGCACCUGUUGAGAAGAUAGCCAUUGAAUCAUCUGAGGAGAUGCACUUAGACAAUAGAGAGUCAUUGUUUCUAAUAGGAGGUUUCGAUGGAGAAUCAUGGUUAUCAGCUAUGGAUUUGUAUUGGCCUUCCCAGAAUGUGGUCAAGUCUCUUAAGCCUAUGAGCAUAGUUCGCUCAUAUUCUUCGGUAGUAAAGUUAAAUGGUGAAAUUUAUGUUUUCGGUGGUGGAGAUGGUAAUGUCUGGUAUGACACAGUUGAAUCAUACAGUCCAUUCCACAACGAGUGGACUUCACGUCCUUCUUUGAAUCAGAAGAAAGGAUGCUUGGCUGGAGCUGCCUUGAGUGACAAGAUAUUUUCAGUUGGUGGUGGCGAUGGAGAUAGCUGUUUUUCAGACGUUGAGAUGCUUGAUUUGGAAGUUGGACGGUGGAUUUCAACACGUUCAAUGCUGCAUAAGAGAUUUGCAGUUGCUGCUGCAGAACUCAAUGGUGCAUUAUAUGUUACUGGUGGUUAUAAUGGAGUUGAUUAUUUGAAGUCUGCUGAAAGAUUUGAUCCUAGGGAACAUUCAUGGACCAAAAUACCAGACAUGAAUACAAGGCGGGGCUGCCACUCCAUGGUUGUGUUGAAUGGGAAAUUGCAUGCACUUGGUGGCUUUGAUGGAAGCACAAUGGUGUCGAGCAUUGAAGUGUUUGAUCCUCGUCGCGAAGCAUGGAUAACCGGGGAACAAAUGAAUCAACCUAGGGGAUAUUUUGCUGCUGCUGUUGUUAAAGAAACUAUACAUGUAAUUGGGGGAGUCAAGGUUGGAGAGAACAUCGUAGAAAGGGUUGAGAAUUAUAAGGAGGAUAAAGGAUGGCAAGAAACUUGCACAAAAAUGGUUGGAAAAAGGUGUUUCUGUUCGGCUAUUGCCCUUUAGGCAGCACAACAAAAGGUUAUACAAGAGUUUUCUAAGUCAACACGGGUGAAUUAUGCUUUUUGGUGAUAGCUAUGCAUAGCCUAAUUAAUUAAGCCCAUAUUAGCAUCUUACUGAGCUAAUUCUCUAAGUAAUAAGC